GUGCGUGGCGACCGCGACCAGCUCGUGUAGCAGGUUGAUUCAUUCUGUCCUCUGUGCGCUCCUGAGUCCCGACCGACGGAUUUAACGGGUUUUAUGGACCGGAAUUCACCCGUUUUCCAGCCGCUUCCUCUCAAAAAUGGACAAACGGAAUGAGAAAAUGCCUCCUUUUCUACCUGUUCAACAGAGGAUUCCUUUCACUUCGGAUUUGAUUUCCAGUAAAUCGUAUUUAGAAGUUUGAGAGUACCGGCGCUCUCUUUGGGUUUUCUCAAAACUUGUGUGGGAAUGUUCGCUUCAAGAUCCCUUUCAAUUAACGGUCACGAAUAUUGUUUACUAGGUGCAAAGACGUCCUUUAAACUUUCAAAAAACAACAACAAAAAAAACGACUCACGUAAACUUUUCUUCAAGGUUAGCUGGCUAGCUACGAAGAAUGGUCUAUUCUGGACAUUUCGGCUGUCUUGCUAGUUUUGUUGCGUUUCUGUAAAAGCUGAAAACAAUAAUGAUUUCGGAGGAGAGAAGCAGCCACGUAAAUAAACAAGCCCUGAACUUCCCGGUGGGUUUACUCAUUCGCUCUCCCAAAAGGCGCUUGGCCAAAUUGGGCAGGAAACCCAGCAAUGGAUCUGUCCAGUCAAACAACUCUGACAGUGCUGUCCGUUCCACGGAGACCGCGGGUGUCCGGCAGCCGGCCAAGAGCAAAAUCCGCCGACACAACAACAGGCUUUCAACAGUUUUUAACCACAGCCCCAACCUGCGGGAUGGUGGACGCCGCGUCCAAGCGGCGGGCAGUGGGAGCCUCACUGGAGACCUCCAAGCUGCAGACGACCCGGCAGAGCUGUCCAGCCAAAUGUCUGUUCCUGGCAUCCUGAAGAUAUUUGGGAGUGACAUCUGUCAAGGGACCAACUACAAAAGUGUGCUUGCCACCACUCAAUCCAACGCAAAGGAGCUGGUGAAGGAGGCCUUAGAGAGAUACUGUCUGGAAAAAGAAGACACCAACGACUAUGUGCUGUGUGACGUGAUUGGCCAGACGGGAACUGAUAACCAGUGGAAGAGGGAGUGCUUCAGGGUGGUGGGUGACAACGAGAGACCCCUGGUCCUGCAGUCACUUUGGAAACCCAAGGAAGGCUUCUCCAGACGAUUUGAAAUUCAGUUGCGAGUGAGCGUCCAGGAGCAAAGUUUAAAGGACAGAGACACAAUCACAGCAGGUAUCAAUGCUCAGGCUCGUAAGCUACAGAAGAGCCGCUCCAGAGUCACUUCCCUGUUUGUGGACAGCAGUGGGGAGGACGCAGAUGGACUUGGGAUCUGGAGGAGCUUGAGUGAGAUGGAUCUGUCCACAAUGGGGAAGGAAGCCAGCCGUGCCCAACAGGGUGCACUCAGAGAGGAUCCCGAAGUUGAGGCAGACAAGGUGGUGUUUGGGAUGGAGAAGGAGGAGACGGAGAGCAGCGAUGACAACACCACCCAGUACUCCAUCCAUCCACCUUUUGACUUCCCUUACUUUCUCCUGCUGCAGGGCUACAGCCACAGACAGGAUUUUGUCAUCUACUUGAUGAGUGGGACCACCACCAUCUUUGGCUGCUGCAGGGAGCAUUGUAACGGAGAAGAUGAGGAAAGAUUAAAGGUGGACAUUCUUCUGUUUGCUCCUGAUGUGUUGCCACAGCACUGCUGCGUCAGACGCCUGGAGUCUAACGGCCACACCUCCACAGGGGAGCUCAAAAAAACAUUGACAAUGCUAAAGCCGCUCCAUGGGGCUCCUGUGACCCGAAACGGUUUCCUUCUUAAAGAAGAAGUAGAACUGAAUCCAGGAGAUUUGAUUGGCUUGGGGAAACACUACUUAUUCAUGUUUAAGGAUCCCACCAGCUCACCAGGAACAGUCAGCACCCCACCUUGGAUGACCAGACUCUGCCCAAACUCCGAUUCAAAGAUGUCUUCCUCUUGUUUGUCAUGUGGCUCCUCUAUUGCCAUAAAAAGGAGGCCUUCGCCUCCUCGUUGGAGAGACCUGGAAGGCACAGAGGCUUCGCUGAGUUAUGAGCUGGAUCAGGAGGAGAGAGUGCUGCGGGAGAUUAUGUACAUGCUGGACAUCAGUGGGAACGAACCAAAGUUGACGCCUGCUUUCCUGCUCAUCCUUUGCAUCCAGCAUUCAGCCUCCACCUUUGAGCUGACACACUUCAGGCAGUUGCUGCUCCGGAUAGCCAGUCAGAUCCAGCUAGUUAUGUGGGAGAAAACAAAGGAACUUGCAACAAUCCAGCCAGAGACGAGCUCCAGUGACGGGCAGUCUGAGCACCUUCAGUUGCUCAGCAUGAAAGAGCUGAUUCCAGGUCUGGAGCCAUUGGUGUUGUGGAUGGCCAACUCCAUCGAAUUACUACACUUCAUCCAGCGUGAUGUUCCUCAGCUGCUGCCCUGGAGGCAGGAACAGGAUGAUGAAGGCCUUCUGGACUCUGAGAUGUCAUCCACUCGGACAGCCUGUGAGGAAGCCAUGACAGUCCUGGAGGAAGUCAUCAUGUUCACUUUCCAGCAGUCUGUGUACUAUCUAACAAAGAGCAUGUAUUCAGCCCUUCCUGAUCUGCUGGAUGGGAACCCGUUCUCAGAGAGCGGUCAGCUACGAGUACCUGACGGGCUCGCUGGCGUCCUGGAGGUGCUGAAGGAGGCGCUGAAGCUUCUCACGGCGUUCCAGGUGCAUCCGGACAUCUCGUUGCAACUCUGUGCCUACCUUUUCUUCUUCAUCAAUGCUUCCCUGUUCAACGCCCUGAUGGAGAGAGGGUCUGUUGCUGGGUUCUACCAGUGGUCCCGAGGUGUGCAGAUCCGGGCCAACCUGGACCUGCUGUUGGACUGGAUCCAGAGCAUUGGUCUGAGCGAUUUGGCCUCCGAGUUCUUCCAGAAACUUUCUGCUGCAGUCAAUCUGCUGGCCACACCCAAAGAAACCCUUCUGCAGGCAUCCUGGGCUUCUCUCAGGAAUGAGUAUGCUGCUCUGAAACCUGCACAGCUUCACCACAUGCUGCAGGAGUACAGCUCUGGUAAGGCCUGCCCCACCGGAUGGAGGCCGUCGCUGGAUGAUGCAGAGGACGCCGUCAGGACGGCCGACAUCCUGGAGAGCUUCGACAGCCACCCACCGCUCAUCCUGCCCAGCAACACAUUUCACCUGGAACUUGGUAAACCCAUCGUGGAGUCAGGUCUGUUUGAACAGCUCAGCCAUCUACAGGAAUUCAUUCGCAGGCUCACCCGCAGUGAAACCCAAGCUGAACACAGUGUGGAGGAACAGGCUCUCAGUGGAACUACCACAGACGACCAGUCUGUGACCUCAUCCUCCGUCAGAGUACUCCAGGAUCCAGCCCAUCCGGGGGUCUCUGACCCGGCCAUCUGCCCCCGCCCUGAGGCAGACCUGGACCGGACCUCUCCCACAGAGUCAGCUCAGACCCGAGAAUCUCAUGGUAACCUUAGCAACUGCGAGGCAGUCCUGACCCAGAAGUUGAAGAGCCUGGAGCUGCAAAACACACUCCCAGGACAGGCCGACAUGGGCUACCACAAGAGCAUGGCACUUGACCCGUCCUGCUUGCUCACGCCGCCCAACACUCCACAGGGUAUGGAGCUGGCUGAGCUGGAGGCUGAUCUACAGGAGGGUGCCCGCCAGCUAAAGAAAGCUAGUGCAAGUGCUGAGAAGAAGAAAGAAGAUGUGGACGUGGAAGAAGACAGAGAGGAAGUGUUCGCGGUGGAGCUUCACAGAGGGCCUCAUGGACUCGGACUGGCACUCGUAGAUGGAAUGAAAACGCCGCUGAGAAUGAGCGGCAUUUAUGUGAAGUCAGUGGUUCCUGACUCACCGGCUGCCAAGUGUCAGAAAUUGAGAACGGGCGAUCGGAUCCUGGCUGUGAAUGGUAUCAGCCUGGUUGGGAUGGAAUAUAACAUUGGGAGAGAGCUAAUUCGAUCAUCGGGAGAUUCUCUCAAGCUGCUGGUCGCCAAGAUCGACCCCAAAACAAGUGGUAAGGCCUCAACUACGACUAAAUUCUGAAGGAAGGGUGAUGCUGAACGAUCAAGUGCGAUUGGGAAUACCGGAAGCCAUGAGGUUCUUCCUUCCUGCAGCAUCCAAAGUCAGUAUUUCUCAUAGGACGGAUUCCUCCACCAAAGGAAAACUACUGUGGAACAACUCUAUUUUUGUUUGUCAAGAGCAUUGAGUCAAUCAACCAAAGCCACUGCAGUUUCACACCAAACACAGACUGCGGCUGUUUUUCUGGCAGAGUUUUCAGGAGCUUGUUUUUGCUGUCCCAGCUUCUCUUUGGCCUAUAAACAAACUACAAAAUCUGCUCUGCUCUCAUAAACCAGAAGGAGAAAAUAAGCAACUAUGGCAAUCUCAGUGUCUGAAUACACAGUUUUCUGGCUGAAGAGCAUCUUCAAGCUGCACUGGGGAUCAGUCAUGUCUGGCUUCAACUGGAAUUAUUUUAAAACCUGUCUUUAAAUUAUGGUUAUUUAAAAAAACUGUGAAACUGUUUAUUUUACAGUACAAAAGCAAAGGUCUUACCCAGCCAUUUAGUCUGCUAGAGGAAAAGCUAACUGUUCAGUUUCCUGCUUCCUCAGAUGUCUUACUAUAUAAAACAUGCAUUCAUUCAGAACAUGCUGCUGUAAUACCACAAAAUACAAAUUUGUAGCAUUGUGUUCAUUUUUCAACUUUUAAAUAAGUAGGUGUCUUGUUUUUUUUUUUAAACUUGCAGCCUGAGGCCUUAGAUCUCAAACAAAUAUUUCCCCCUGGAGAUUUUCCAGUCAAAUUGUCACAAAUUGUCAAAAACAGCUAACCAGGGCACGGUUAAACAGAAAUUCAUUCUUCUGUGUUACCAUUACAGUUUAGACAAAAGCAAUAAUCACAAGGAGGAAUGCAACUGGUGACUAUUGAUGGAGCUUUCUUAGUGAGAAAUGUACCACAUAAUUUUGCUCAAAAAAUGUGCAGGGCAGAAUUAUUGUCCAAAACCAAAACAUAUUCAGUUUAUUGUAAAACUAGUUUCAGGAAUAUACAUUUGAGGCAUUUCAGCCUCGAUUUUCAGGAAAAUACUCAUACGUGUUCUUUCUAAUGACAAUAAUAUGGCUGAUCUAAAACAACACACUUUAUAUAGUUUUAUAUAAAAUAUAUUCCACUGUACAUAUGAAAAUGUGUGUUAUUUCUUUCUCAGCUUCAUGCACAAUACAUUUCUACAUGUACAGCGGAUUUAGUGAAUGAAAGCUGACCAAAUCAUAAAACAUGUUCAGGCUUCUCAUCAGGAAGCAGCUAAUACAUGAGGGACAACAGAGGAUAUUUUAUAUACAACAAACUUCUGCGAAUACCGUAUGUCUGUGUUUCCAUGUCCCGUGUAAACAGUGUUAAAGUUAUCCUAAGUGUUCUGUUUUGUAAUAUUUAUAUUGCGCAGUAUUUUUGAACCUAUGGAAUAAAUAUUAUUUUGACUUUGAAAA